AUGGCAAGGACUGGCACAACAAGGUCUUCUGCGCCUUUCAACACUCGACUACUUGAGCAAUUGUCCACCAGCGAGAAACCACCCAUCCCACACCCCAGUUCCUGUGAAGCGUCUCACGAUGUGGAAUCACUUCUCCCGGCUUCUUUCAGCACUCCAUGCGAUGACGUCCUUCCCACGAGUCGCGACGUAUGGGGUUGCAUUAUCAACGAACUGGAUCUGGAUCGCCCGCGACAAAUCCAUCAUCUCCUAUGGCUAGCCGGGCGGCAAAGACGGUGCCGCGCUCUGCACUACCAAAUCAUCGUGUCGAGGGAAAUCUUCAUCGCAGAGCAAAUGGACAUGCACCUCGUGCGAACUAGAUCCCAAAUAUUUGUGAAGCCCUUGCCGCGGUACUUGCUGGAACCCAAAUUCUGGGGCAAGUAUCUCUGCUGCCAUGACCAGUGCCAGUGUCAAAACAGAGAUGAUCCCAAUGUACAUGGAAAUACAUGCGACAAGAUCAAGUAUCACAAGGUAGCACUCGGCUUCCUCGUCUCUUACGCUGCACUUAUCCGCCACGAAAGCGACCUCAUACUUGCCCAGCAACAUAGGCUAGUCCCUCAAAACAUAUCAUUCUCACAGUGGCGGCUUUUCACGGCUGAAAUUCUCACAGCUGUUCAAGGUCCAGAGGACAUCGACCCACGCUUUCACUAUGGUGAGCUUAGUCUGGAUCGGCUCAGCAAACUGUACCGUUUAAUACAGCCGCGCAUUGGAGGAGACUACCUCGUCCAGUGGCGACAUCACAGCUCCUUCUUUCUCUAUCGUUUCCAGUGGCUUGCUACGGUGGUAGUUUAUAUGGUCUUGGUGCUGACCGCUAUGCAAGUUGGUUUGGCGACGACUUAUCUGUCCGAGAGUAAAGCGUUUCAUACUGCAUCGUAUGGAUUUACAGUUUUCUCUAUCCUUGGUCCCAUUGGCGUGGUGGUAAUACUGGCAUUGGAGAGUUGUUUUGUUGCACUGAGAAACGGUUGGGGGACAUUGGAGUACAAGAGACGAACAAAUAAGAACAAGCUGGGCCAACUGGCGUAA